CUUCAAUCAUACGCGGGCACUUUGUUGUUGUUGGUCAAACCAGUUGGGCGGAGCGUUAAUUUCACCGUUAUAUUCUUGUUAAUAAUAAAACUGACUUAAAACACAUUUAUGUUUUGUGUUUUUUUUUUUCGAUUUACGACAGUGAAUUCAAUGUGCAAAUGACGGCUGAAUUUGCGAGUUCCCAAUUUGGCAACGCAUUUUCUGGUGCAAUUUUCUUGGCCCUGGGAUUUACUUUCGAGUGCUGCGUAGAUCAGUAUUUUUUUUGUUUUGCUCAUUGUUAAUGAGAAGUGACGUCAAACGGGAAAUAUACAAGCAACUCUUUGUAUUUUCUGCGUGCUUGUGCUACUUGUUUUUUCUGUGAGUGUAACAGCCACUGAAGAGACUGAACAGAUUUUUGGGUGAAAAUAACUUCAAACUAUGCGAGUAUUGCUGAUGCAACCAGAUGAAAUAGUGACGCGAAUAGAACCAGAAGUUGCAACAACUAAGGCGACAAUUGCAAGUGAAACGGCAGUACCAUCACAUAUUGCAGAUAAAGGUGGUGACUUCAAGUAAAUUUUCGGCAACACCAAUAGCAAUUUUGAGUGCGACAUUAGCUACAAAGGCUUAAGGGCAAGACACCAGCAAUAUAUUGUGGACAAACAGCUGCAACAGGCAGCAAAAUAAAGGUGCAACACUAAGGCAGCAGCAACAUGCUGCUGGCGGAAAUCGCAGUCAAGGAAAACAUGCUGGCGCCCUCUGGUGCAGCAAUCAAGCGAAAAACCGAGCAAGAGCAACAACAGCAACGUAAACAGCACAGGAGCAACAUCAACAGCAGAAACAUCCUCGGCUGCAGCAGCAUCAUUAACGACUACAAUCGACAAUUUCACAGGCAGCAGGGAAAAAUGUAUUACAAUUCCAAUUCCAGACCGUUUUGGAUAAAAUUCAGAUCGACGGCAGCCACUACGAAUCCAACGACAAUAUGUGCCACUAACGACGAUAUGUGCAAUGCAGAAGCAACAGCAACAUCAACAGCAGCAACAUAUGACAAAAUGCAGCGUUGCAACCAGAACAGCGGCAACACAACCAUCAAUACGACCAGCAACACCAACAGCAGCAGCAACAAGCGCUGCCCACAGAAAUACACCGGCAACAACCUAGCAUCAACCAAUGGCAUGAUGGCCUACCAGCAACAUGCAACAGCUACGACAGCAACAUUGCAGCACGGCAGUAACACCGGCAGCAAGCACACAACUCGCAAGAGUCGCUACAACAGCAACAAACAACACCAGCAGCAGCAACAUCAGCAGCAGCAGCAAUCCAAUGCCUUUGGGAAUAUUCAGAAGCGGAAUGGAAUCGCUGGAGUAACCGGAAGUGGAUCCUCGCCCUCACCACCCCCUUCGAAUUGGCUGGAAAGGGGCUACGGACAUCGGUUGGCCAGUUCUUCAUGCAUCGAAGACAAGUUUCUGGGCCAGCACAAUCCGGGUCAUCGCAAUAGCACCAGCAGCGAGGCGACCAGCGAGGACAUGGACUCCAGCAGGGAGCAUCUGAACAAGCCGAAGGGCAGCUUGAAUGGCGGCAACGGCGGUGGCCAUGUUGCAGGUGCUCCCAGCGGCAACAAGUCGCGUUCGAAGCGCCAGCAGAAGCAGCUCCGCAAUCCUGACCAAAAUUGUGGCCAGAAGUCGGGAGCCAGUGCCUCGAUUGGAGGCCAGAAAACCGCCAAGCAGACUGCUGGUGGCAAGUGGCGUCAGCAACAGCAGCAGCAACAGUCCAACCCCGGCAGCAACAACCCACAGCAGCAGCAACAGAAGCGCAACAGCAACAAGAAACCCGGCAAGUGUAAUAGUAACAUUGGCGGUCAUCCCGGCAGCAACAUCUCGAAGCACGGCAGCAACACGCAGCGGAAAACCUGCGACAGCAGCUCCUCCUCGGCCCUGAGUUCGCCCACCAGUUCGCCGACGAGUUCGCCCCAUGCGAAUGGCAACCGGAAGCGGAUCGAGCGCUCCCUAAUGCCCGGCGUGGCCACUCUGGAAUGGCGGCGAGAGCGGGAGCGUGGCAGGCAGAACGCCAACUUCCUGGUGCCGCCGCUCCGCCAGUACGAGCAACUGGAUCUGGACGACCGGGCUGUGAUGCAGCAGCUGCGGCGCCAUGUCAUCGACCACCAUCUGCUAAGGGUCUACGGCUUUCCCGUGGAAUCCGUGGUGCACGAGGGCGCCAUCGAGAUCUUCAAGUGCCUGCCACACAUGAGUUUUGCCGCUGCCCUGGCGGAAACUGCUCCGGCCGUCACCGUGAUCAACUGCCACGAUGGGUUGAGCAACCAGGAGGAGGUAGCCACCUCGAGCGACUCCGGGAACAGCUCACCCCGCUCCCUGGACUCCGAGUCCGGCGGCGAGUGGAGCGGCAGCGAGUGCGAGUCCUCCAACUCCUCCACCGUUUCCUCCUCCUCCUCCGCCGGCUGCGAUGGCGAACUGGGUCUGGAGCUCAAGUACUGCCAGUACGUGCAAGUGGAGCGCAGCCUGGCCAAGCCCUGUGCCCGCUGCAAGCGGCACUUCCUGGUGGACGAGCUGACGGGUCAGUACCUGACGCGCGAGGAGUGCCACUACCACUCGGGCAAGUACCAGCGCUACUACGACGGCGUCUGCCAUGGACGCUGGACCUGCUGCCACGAGGGCGAGGAAUCCUCGCCGGGCUGCUGCCUCAGUGACCGGCACGUGUGGACGGGCUCGGUGGUGGGGGUCAACGGACCCUACUACGACUUCGUGCGGACCCAGCACCGGGAGCAGCCCUCAUCCAACGAUGGCGACGAGCCCGCUGCCUAUGCCCUGGACUGCGAGAUGAGCUACACGGGUCGUGGCCUGGACGUGACCAAGGUCUCACUGGUGGCCCUCAACGGGCAGCUGGUGUACGAGCACUUUGUGCGGCCCGAGUGCGACAUCAUUGACUACAACACCCGGUACUCGGGCAUCACGGAGCGGGACCUGCGCUCCGGCGCCAAGAGUCUGGCCGAGGUGCAGCGGGAUCUGCUCGAGCUGAUCGCCGCGGACACCAUCCUCAUUGGCCACGGACUGGACAACGACCUGCGGGCCCUGCGCCUGGUGCACAACACGCUGAUCGACACCUCGAUCAGCUUCCCGCACUGCAGUGGCUUUCCCUACCGCCGGGCACUGAGGCACCUCACCAAGGUGCACCUGAAGCGGGAGAUCCAGAGUGGCGACGGCACCACGGGACACAGCAGCUUCGAGGAUUCGCGGGCCUGCAUGGAACUGAUGCUGUGGCGCAUCAAUCGCGAGCUGGAUCCCACAUGGAGCUGGGAGGAUUAGGGGGGCGGGGUUAUAGGCUUGGGGGAACACAUGGGGGCCAGCAAGUACUUUUAGUAGUUAAGCCAGUUGUAGGAUCGCCUAGUUUGUACUGUAUUCAACAAGAAAACAAUCCGAAAAUCUCAGCUGCGUCGUUCACCUGGCAAUCGGUUUCUAUAAUACUGAUGUAUCUGAUGCAUCGGCCUUAUAUAGGGCCCCAUUGCCAGAUGUUGGCUCAACGUAUCCAUAUAUCAAGUAAUUCGCUAAAUUGAAAUGACAAAAAACGCAAAAGAAGCAAACAAAAAAAAAAGGAGGAUAAUCAUUAUUUAUAUGCAAUACAUAAGUUGUAUUUUGUAAGCGUAUAUCUUUAGAGAAAAAUAGAACUUUAAUCUACAUAUGUAUAUACAUACAUCGUUUUUUUUUUCUUGAUUAAUUUCGAACCACGAGAAAAUGUACUGAAGUUUUAACUGUGAUGUUUUUUUUCACUUUCUCACAUAUUUACACGUCAAAUGAAAAUAAAAAUGAAAAGUAAAAGUAAAAACAAAAACAAAAACAAAAAAGAAUAGAAAAAUACAAAAAUAUAUACAUACAUCCGCGCAUACAUUAUUUUUUUUAAGAAGCACAGAAGAAAGGCAAUACAAAUACUUUUUUAUUUUGACCACAACUUUCAACUAAAGUCACUCCAUUUAUCAUAACUUACCUUUACCUUUAGGUUUCGUUUCAUUUCUUUUCGUUUUACCUCCAACCAUUUAUUUUAUUAUUUUACGAAUAAAGCAUCUCAUAUACAAAUGGAAACGAAGUAAAAGUAAAGUUUAACUUGAACUACUUUAUACACUAUGCAUAAACGCAAGUUAGGUUAAUCUUAUGUUUUUUUCCAGACGUUUUGAUUAUUUAUUUAACGAAUUCUCGCGACAAGUUCAUUGAAAAUUUCUUCAAGUGUACAAUUUUUCACAUUGAACUCCAUUUUAGGCUAAGCAAUAUUUUUUGUUUUCUAUCGAGUAACUAUCGACGAUUAACCAUUAUUUCUUGACUCUGAUUUUCUAAAGAGAGACGAGGAGUAUUUUAUUCGAAAAUCGAUGUUCCUAGCAGCAUAAGUUUCAGCACUAAUACACUGCAAAAAGCGGCUGUUUUUAUAUUGAACGGAAGAAAAAAGAAGAGGUGCACAACGACAAAAUAGAAAGAGAAUAAAAGAAACAAUGAUUUGUUAAAACUAAAUAUCACUUA